CCAUCUUUGGUAUCGCUGAUAACUGUGUGCGAUGCAAUGGGCGCUUCCGCGUCAUUGAGCCUUUGUGACCUACCAGAACACCAUGAUCAGGAAACGCGCUGCACCCAGACCUCAUCUCCGCCAGAAGCCUAUUGAAGUUGAAGACACGCAAGAACCCGAGGAAGAAGCGCAAGACAAGCUAGAGCUAGCAGACCUCAUCGAGCUUCGGAAGCUCAGGCGAGCGAGAGAGGGCAUCGAUACCCAGACACUUGUUAAGGGUGAUGCGAAGAAAAAAAAGAAGAGACCACGGGAGGGCGAGGAGGAGGUCGGGGGCUUGAAGAAGGGCAGUUCGAGUAAGGAGGACGAGGAGGACGAAGAAGCAGACGCAGAGGCGAAAGCGAGGAGGGUCGUACGAACGAACAACUUCACGCAGCAGACCAAUGUGCUCGACGUGGAUAAGCAUAUGAUGGCUUACAUCGAGGAGAACAUGAAGGCUCGGCGAGGUACCUCGAACGAACCACAGAAAGACGAGGGGCCACGGGAUCCAUAUGCGGAACUGUUCGACAUAUACAAGUUGAAGCAGGAGAAGGAGCAGGAUGAGGGGAGCGUCACAAACAGCUUAGCGAUGCUAACGGCUAUACCGGAAGUGGACCUUGGGAUGGAUACUCGGUUGAAGAACAUCGAAGACACCGAGAAGGCAAAGCGAAUACUGACGGAGGAACGCAAAGACCGACCAAAAAAGGCGGGCAACGACGAAGAACAUCUUGCCGCCUCUCGCUUCUACCGACCUAACCUCAAAGCGAAGUCUGAUGCGGACAUCAUUCGGGACGCAAAGCUUGAAGCUAUGGGCUUGCUGCCGGAAGACCAUGAACCACGUCCACCAAGAAAUGACCGGCCGCAGAUGGCCACGGACGAAAUGGUUAUGGAACGCUUCAAAAAGAGGAUGCGGAAGUGAGCCUGUGCGAUUGCUCGGACAUCCGCAUCAUACACUGCACCUUCUGUGGUCACAGGAGUGUGUCGUUGGCUGCACAACCGAUCAGUCGACGCGAGGUAUGCAACACAGGCUGCCAACGCUUCACAUAUCACGACUGGAAGCGAUAUCAGAUGUAGCUUCAGAGCUGCAAACAGCGGAUAUAUAGCAUUGGUCACAGCUUCAUUGAACUUCCUGCGCCGAGGUUGUGCACAUGUACAUCAUUUGAUAACAUCGUUGCCGCUGCGGUAUUGUGAGACCGUCUCGUCGUUGCACUCCUGCGAAUACGAUCCAAUUGGAGUGGUA